AUGAAGUGUUAUGCUAUUAUCUUUUUAAUUUUCUUAAUCUUAUCAUCUCCUAUCACGGCCGUUCCCACUGCUAAGUAUGAUAGGAUCAAAGCAGUCAAUUAUGCCAAUAAAUAUUGUCAAAAUCCGAACCCUUCAUAUGAAGUAUUAUCAGGUGCCGAUUGUACUAAUUUUGCUUCGCAAGUCUUAUUUAAUGGAGGUAUUCCUUACGAUACCAAUAAAAUUUGGCAACCUUAUACAGGAGCAUGGAUUAAUGUAAUAAGCUUUUAUAAUUAUCUCAAAAAGGAUUAUCUAGCAAAAGAUUGUAAGUUAACUGAGUUGAAACCAGGAGAUUUUAUACAAUAUCGUAAUUCAACAUCUCAUGUAUGGGAUCAUACAGUAGUGGUCGUUAAAGGAGGCGCAGAUCCUACAGUAGAUUAUCAUAGUAGUAACAGAUGUAAUGUAAAACAUAGUGGAGUUUUAAGUUUUGGUAAAGAUAUGUUUAGAGGAGUUUGUAUUACCAAAUAA